ACAACAAUGGCCAUGCUUUGUAAAUACAUAAGGGUCAGUAUACAGUUACGCAAUUGAAGAUAAAUAAUGUAUCGUACAUGGGUCACUAUUGAUUAUUUAGAAUAUAGUCCAAUGGUACGCAGAUGACAUUGGUUCCAGUGUUCCAGUAGCAGUGGAUGGUCGAUCAACGUUUCAGUUUGUCCUUGGUUGUGAGAAGGGAAGCCUUUCACUGAAGAGGAAGAAGUAUUUGUGAGCCGGCAAAGCAGAAGUUGUGGAAUGUUUUCUGCUAAAUCCAGAAAAGUGACGGUGCAUUGGUUUCGCCAUGGAUUGCGACUUCACGAUAACCCAGCCUUGCUGGAAGCCAUAAAAGAUAGCGAUGAAUUUUACCCUAUCUUCAUUUUUGAUGGCGAGAGUGCAGGAACUAAAUUGGUUGGAUACAACCGUAUGCAAUUUCUUGUCGAAUGCCUUCAAGACCUCAACAGUCAACUGCGCAAGCAUAACGCAAAGCUGUACGUUUUUCGCGGGUCCCCCGUGGCCAUCUUCAAGCGGAUGUGGGAGGAGUUUGGUCUCCAGAAGAUUUGCUUCGAGCAGGACCCGGAAGCCAUUUGGCACGCCAGAGACGAGACGGUGAAGCAGUUCUGCAGCGAGCACGGCAUACAGUGCGAGGAGCGCGUCUCGCACACCUUGUGGGACCCGUACCUCGUGAUCAAAACCAACGGAGGCGUGCCCCCUCUCACCUACCAGAUGUUCUUGCAUACGACAUCUGUCAUUGGAAAACCACCACGACCCGUAGAGGACCCUGUUUGGAACAGUGUCAAAUUUGGGAAGCUGCCAGAAUGUUUCACUGGGGACUUUAAGUUGUUUUCAAGCAUCCCGACGCCCCAGGACUUCGGCCUGAGCAAGGACGAGACCCUCGGGGAGCGCAUGAUCCGCUGGGUGGGCGGGGAGACGUGCGCGCUCCAGAACCUGUCCAGCCGCCUGAAGGUGGAGGAGACGGCCUUCAGGCAGGGCUUCUACCUGCCCAAUGUCGCGUUGCCCGACCUGCUGGGCCCGCCGACCAGUCAGAGCCCGGCGCUGCGGUUCGGUUGCCUCUCCGUGCGGAGGUUCUACUGGAGCGUGCACGACCUGUACAACGCGGUGCGCGGGGGGGAGCCGCCGUCCAGCCAGAGCAUCACCGGCCAGCUGAUCUGGCGCGAGUUCUUCUACACCAUGUCGGCCGACAACCCCUUCUACGGGGAGAUGGAGCGCAACCCCAUCUGCCUCAACAUCCCCUGGCAGGAGGAGAAGGCCUCCGACCACCUGGAGAAGUGGAAGACCGGCAAGACGGGCUUCCCGUUCAUCGACGCCGUCAUGAGGCAGCUGCUGACGGAAGGCUGGGUGCAUCACGUCGGUCGCAAUGCGGUCGCGUGCUUCCUGACCCGGGGAGACCUGUGGCUGUCGUGGGAGGCCGGCCUGGAGCACUUCCUCAAGAACCUGCUGGACGCUGAUUGGUCGGUGUGCGCCGGGAACUGGAUGUGGGUGUCGAGCUCGGCGUUCGAGCAGCUCCUGGACUGCUCGACCUGCGUCUGCCCGGUCAACUACGGCCGCAGGCUCGAUCCCGAAGGGACCUACAUCAAGCGCUACAUCCCCGAACUGGCCAACUUCCCGCCCAAGUACGUGUACGAACCGUGGCGAGCCCCGUUGGACGUCCAAGAGAGGGCUGGCUGCAUAAUCGGCAAGGACUACCCGGAGCGGAUUGUGGAUCACCAACAGGCCUCGCGCAGAAACCAAAAGUACAUGGAGAACAUCCGCAACAGCCUGAUGAACGACUGCCCGCCUCACUGCUGCCCUUCAAACAUCGAAGAGACUCGUCAAUUCCUGUGGCUCCCGGAGAAGUGCGUGGACCACAUGUGUGUCGACAGCACCAAUUAAAACAGGACGGGAGCAAACUGCGUACUGCUGUAAGGUCUUGUUUAUAAACUACGCAAGAAUACAAGAACGCAAAGUCCAAAAUGUUCAGCAACCACAUUUUCGAGUAACGGUUUAUAAAACUAUGCAAGGCGCAAUAACUCAACACAUGGUUCAACUUCAAACUUUCUUGCGUUUUGGCUCGCGUUUUAAAUAGCCAUGUUUAAAGAGAAUUGUUCCGAAAACUUUUUAAAAACACAGACAUUAUGUGCAUAGGUGUCUACAAUGUUCUUUUUAUUACAUACAUCAUGUUUAAACUUGUUAACACAUUUCACACAGUUAAAGAAAAUACUUUUAACAACACUUUUAAAUCACAUUAUUCACAAUUUGUUUUGUUAUCAUGAUAAAUAUAAAUUAUCAACAAAAUUCCAGCGUGUAAAUUUGUUUUCUACUGUUUUACCAAUUUUAAGUAAUAGGGUUGUUGACAUCUUGUGACUUCUGUGCUUUUUAAACGACAGUGAUUUUCUUGCGUUGAUUGCAUGUUGCAAUUUUGCGUUGUUUUAUUCUCUGCGUAGUUUAUAAACCCAGCCUAACUGUUGUUGGAUCACACUGCAUUUCGGCUUAUCUGAACAUUUUGUAACGGUCUUCUUAAGCCUGGAUCACGCGAUGGAAGGUUUCCUACAGUCUCUACUAGAAUCUUCCAGCAAAACUGUUAGACAAGCCUUCAUGGUAGCAGGUAUGGCUCUUUCUAUGGAAGAAACUAUCAUACCUAGAAUUGUGACUUGUAUAGACAUAGCUUGUGGGAUUGGGUUUGUUAUGAUAAUUAUCACUACCUCUGCUUGUCUAAUGUACUCUCCAGUAUGAAGGGGAAAAGCUAAAGGUAACAACAAUAAAAAAAACUUGGAGAUGAGAAUGUUAGUGAAUAUCCUUUUAAUGGUAUAACUCUGCAUAAAGGCCCACACAAUAAAAAGUAUUUGAAAAUCUCUGCAAAACAAGCAAACUCCAGGUUAACAACAAAUACCAGCAAAUAACAAAAGAAUAAUUAGGGUGCUGGUUCACUUUACUCAACAGCUUACUCCACAUCUAAGUGAGAUCUCAAAGAACAGCAGAAUGAAUUUAAAAUAUAAUUUAUUUUAGUCUAUACAAGCCGCUGAGGCAUUACUUGUAUUCUGUUUCAUCUGGCUUUUGGAUUAGCAGGACUCUGCUGUAGGUUAAUUAUUUUUUAUACAUUAUUCAGGGAAAUUUAUAAUUUUGAUCAUGAAAAGAGGAAUUUUUAUUACAGAUUUGUGUGGAUACUCGGACUAGGAACGAAAUCAAGUGUUCAGCUUAGCUGGGGUGCAGUGUAUGUGUUGAGUAAUCUUGUAAACUUAGCUUCAGAAACAGCUAUUCAUAGCGUUAGUAAAAGAUGCUUUCAGAAAUCACUGUGGCAAAUAUGAGCCAGUGAAUGGCUACUGAGAGCGUAAGUAAGUUUUUCUCUGAUUGACGCAUGGUGUUGCUAAAAAAGAAAUAAUGGUGUUGGGUUGUCUUGUAGGUCAGGGUUUCAAAUGUGAUGUGUGCUGUGUAAUGGUGAACCAUUAUAACAUCGUCAUUGUAAGUGUUGUUUCAGUGUCUAGAAUGCUAUUCCCUAUCUUGCAUCCAGGUAUGCAUACGAGUAUGUGGUUAUUCAGUGUUAACAGUGUUGUGCCAAUUACUUGUUAAAAACUUUAUAGCAUUAUCUAAACCUCCUACAAUUAUUGUUCUUGUUACUAUAUUUAGAGCAUUCUUGAGCAUCUAAUAAUUAUUUAAAGUACUAAUCAUUGUAGUUAUUCUCAGCAGCUAACAGUUAACUGUUAAUUUGAUUUCACAUUGAUUUUAUUUAUUUAAUUCUUUCUCACGCAUCACCUCUUAAUUUCUAACUAUGCCAAUGUCACCAAAACUUAAAUCCCUUAUUCAUUCAUAUAUUUUGUUUAAAAAAUAAUAAAUAAAUAUUUUGCUAACAUAUAAAUUUAAGUUUAGGUACACUUAAAAUACAUUACCGAACUGGAAAGCAAAAAAAAAAUAAACAAA